UAAGCCAGGGCAAAGCAGAACUGAAAAGGCAUAACUGGGAAGAGGGGGAACUCAGGAGGACUAGGGAGGAUCUCCCCCCCCCUUUGUAUGUUAAAAAUGUGCUGUCCUGUGUGCCCCCUAAAUCUGUUCUGGGGGUUCCCUUAAACCUCUGGACCAGAUUUGAGGAGCAGGGGAGAGGAGGAGUCUCAUUACUCAAAUGGAAAUUCUUGCACUGAUGGGAUGAUACCACCCAUUGUUUUUUCCUUACCUGUGCUGUUUCAAACUAUGCUUUGUUUCACCUUUACACCCCCCCCCCCACCAGCACAAUGGACUCUCUGGGCGCGAUUGAAGCAGAGUACAUAAAGAAUUUGCAAAAACAAGUCUGCUUACUGGAAUGUGAGACGUCAUAUCUUAGGGAGAGAGCUAAAAAGGCUACAAGCGUCCAACCCCAAGUUACCAGAGAAGCUGAAAAAAUGCUGCAAAAAAUAAAGGAACUAGAGACUGCAAUAGACACAGCCCAAAUAGAAACUGUACAGAAAGAAAACAGCACCAAGAUAGUUGAAGCUGAAAUCCGUGCAAUAUACAGACGACUUCAAAUACUAUCAGAUGAAAAUGCUAAAGAAAAGCUGGCCUUAAUAGAGGAUGCUACAAAACUGAAGCAACUGGCUGACAUCUCCACUCAGAAUGUUUCGCACAAGGCAGAAGAACUGCUAAAAAUUCAGAGAAACAUACAGCUCACUGCAAAUUCAGUGAAGGAAAAAGAGCAUGAGGCCCAUCUUUUGGAAUCUCAGCUUCAGCUGCAGAUUCAGCAGCACCAAGCUACAGAACAAAAACUCACAGAAAGCAGAUCAGAAUGCCUACAGCUGCAGGCAUUACUUCAUCAACUAGAGGAGAAAUUACUUAUCGGCUCCCAGUCCAUGCAGCAGCACAUUGCAAAAGAACUUAGUGAGGAGAGUGAAAAAUUAAGGCAAGUCCUCAAGGAAAAAGAGCUUUCAGCUGAUGAGGACAAAUAUUUACGUGACAAGAUGUCAGAAGAUUGUGGGCAUCUGACAAGGGAAAAUGGCCUCUUACAAGCUCAAGUGCUGAAAGCAACUAGGCAGCUGAGCAGAGAGAAACAGCUGAGAGAGGAUGAGAGCACGUCCCAUUCAAGAAGAGCGUCUGAGCUAGCAUCAGAGAGAGAGAGAGAAUGGCAAUUAGAGAGGGAGCUUACCUACUUGAAGACACUACUACAGAACGAAAGACAGAGAGUUUCGAAGGUCCAAGAGCAGGUACUUCACCUCCAGCAAGAAAGGAAAUCUAUGGAUCAGAAUGGGCAGCUGCUUCAGUCGCAGAUAAUAGAUUUGGAAAAGAGACGUGGCAAAGUUCAACUGGAAAAUUCCAAGCUGCAAAGAGAAAAGACUCAUUUGGUAGAGCACAUUGCUCACUUGCAUAAAGAGAUUGCUGAAAAGGAAAAGGAAUUCAGUUUUCUGCACAGCCAUGUUAACAGCUUGUCCUGUGACCUCAACAGUUUGCAAUCUCAAGUCGAUACGGCAUCUAUUCUGCAGAAAGAAAAAUGGAAAGAAUUCUCCAAUAUAUUAACAGCAAACACAGCAUCAAUGAGCUAACUCUGGGAAGCAGUCAUUCUUUUCUGCUGUUACUUUAAUUCAUAUUUCUAGAAGAUUUGCUCAAAUUGAAAAGCUGCAUGUUGUGCCACUUGAUAAAUUUUGUUUAGGCCAUAUUCUUACAAAGAUAAUAUUCAGAUGUGAAUAAAAAUAGACCUCAGUCGCAGUCUAAAAAGAAAGAAAGUAGUCAUUAGCAUAUCCUCAGCUAAUCAGAGAAUGGCAUCAAGGUAUUUUUUAAAGCUCUUUCGGUGACCAACAUUCAACAAGUGGACAGGAAAUGUUUUAUGAAUUCAUUAGUCCUAAGUGAACAAAUGGAAUCUGCAUUGUAUCCUUAUUGGCAGUAAGAACUUCCAUUACCAUUGUAAAAUUAGAAACCUCCUUCAUCCAGAUUAUGAUUCCACACUGAAUUGCCUUAGACAAAGGGACAGCAGUUGAUAAAUUAAUGACACCCUGCUCUAGAGGGAGGAAGCAAAAAGUUAGAUAUCCAAGUUGUCUUCACACAAUAGUUCCUGGAAAACAUGUAAAAUGGGGUAAAGGGGAGUUGCAGCUCUUGGGACACUAACUCUUCUGCAAAUAAUUUCAAAUGACUCUGGAGAGGGUAGAUUUCGUCAGGGUACUCAAUGGAAUUAAUCCAUACGCUGAAUCAAAUUCUUUCAUUUUCUAGAGAAGCUGUAGAGGGUUAGUUUUAACCAGGCCUUUGGUUAUGUGGCAUGUGCUACCAUAUAACUGCACUGAGGGGAGGGGAGCAUGGAUGGCACCCUUUAGCAAUGCUAGUUCUAAACUAUAUUCUACACAUGAUCUUUCAACAGCACAAACAAGAAUUGUAUACAUGUACCCACCAUUUAGUGGCCAUCAGAAAUUUUCUUCAAAUGGCUUAUAAUCAUGGACAAAGAAAUACAAGACUUGAGUGUAAUAGCAUGUACAAGAGCAUAGAAAUUUUAGGAAAAGUGGCCAUUAGGUUAUGUUUUAAGCACACACAUAGAAUUUCUGGAUACACAUACUUCUCUAACAAAAAGUGCUGAUGACAUACAUGACUGAAAGGUGUUUAGCUUGUCUAUUGUUAAACCAAGAUGUCUAUACAUGAUCAGAGCCAAAAGUAUUUGGAGAAUCUGUACCUUACUCUAAAUGUAUAAUCACUUUCCAGAAAGCAAUUUAAAAAUUAAAAUUGACUUCAAAACCAAAAGUGUGAGGAGAACUGCUGCGCUGGUUUAUAAAAGUAGUAAGAAAACCUUUUUCAGAAGUCAAAUGAUUAGACAUAUUCUAAAUGACUUUUUGAUUAACAUUUCACUUGACCAAGAGAAUUAUAUAUUCUAGCAUAGAGGUCUGAGAUGCUCAGGUUUUGGCUGCUUAUUCCAUGAAAUAAUCCUGACAAUGCUAAAGAGACAGCGUAUUUCGAAACAAGCAACAACAUAAGACAACACUUUGAGACACGCUAUUAA